AAACGUUCGUUAUUCUGAAACCUGAUCUAAUUCAAAAUGGCCAGCGUUUCGUGGGUCGGUGCUGCUGCACUUCUAGCAGGUCUCGUUAUAAUAUUUGAGAUAAACUCCUUGAUAGAACAAUUAAACAAUUCCUCUAAUACAGAAACCACUUCUACAACAACAAACACUCAAUCAACAUCGACAACAUUAGAAACGAACACAACAAGUGAUGCUACUACAACAUCAACAACAGAUGCUAGUACAACAGCAUCAGCAGAUUCGAGUACAACAAUAAAAACUACAUUAACAGAUACAAAUACAUCAACAACAGAUGCAAAUACAACAACAACAGAUGCAAAUACAUCGACAACAGAUGCAAAUACAUCGACAACAGAUGCAAAUACAUCGACAACAGAUGCAAACACAUCGACAACAGAUGCAAAUACAUCGACAACAGAUGCAAAUACAUCGACAACAGAUGCAAAUACAACAACAACAGAUGCAAAUACAUCGACAACAGAUGCAAAUACAAUAACAACAGAUGCAAACACAUCAACAACAGAUGCAAAUACAUCGACAACAGAUGCAAGUAGCACAAUAACGGAUGCCACAACAACGACUGAAACAAUAACAACAACUGUUACAACAACAAGUACAAUAAGUUGUCCACCUGUAGGGAAAUAUUCUAUGAAUUCAUCUGAUUGCUUAUCGUAUUAUUAUUGCGUUUACUCUAAUGGAAAUUAUGUCAUCAAUUAUUUCGAAUGCCCCGCUGGUAGACCUUUUAACGAAGCUACAGGAUCGUGCGAUUCAUCACUUACAUGCGAUUCAUAAACGACGACACUUAUUAAUAUACGCUAGGUGAUCAAAGAAAACGUUACAAGUCGAGUAAAGAAAAGUGUUUAGUUUCGUUGUAUGUAUAUAUAGAUUUGACGUCUCUGCAACCCAAAGGAUCUAUUGUGUACCCCUUUAUUGUGUUUACAGCUGAUCCAUCGAUCCCACUUCUUUUAAAAAGUCUAGAAUAGUUUUGAUUGCCACAAAAUCUUCGUCUUCUAUUUUAAGCGCUCCCAGGUGUAGUGCCAUGGAAUUACUUAGUGUUUCACACUUCGAGAGAAUGUGGAUAGAGGUUUCGUUUCCCGCGCAACCAAAUCUACUGGCCGCAAACAAAAUGUAGAGCCAUCUAUUUCCAAUUGGAAGAAACAACAUAAUACGUAGUUUUCAAAUACAUCGCCUUGUAACCUUUUUUCUGAUUAUCCCUUGUAUACUCGUAUUUUUAAUUUUGUUGAUUAUUGGUCUUAAGCAGUGAAUAUUAAACAAAAAAAUUAUAUAAUGGCAAUUCAGUAGUUUUUGUUAUAGAUGUGAGCAAAAUAGAAAAACAGCUUCUCAUACAGAAAUAAACAAUAAAUGCGGGAAAUGAUUCUAAGGAAGUAUCAUAAACUGACCACGUGACAGUGCGACGUGACCAUAUCAUGUGCGGAAACACAAAUAAUCCGAUUUUUAAAGAGGUUAAGGGGUUUUAUUAAGUUUGGCCCCGAUGUAGCAAAUAUUCCUCUGCAGGACUGGGGUUGUGGUGGUCAGACAAAACUCUCGAAAAAUCGGUAUAACUCCGACAAGGCUCAUAAGUCUGGCAACGCCGUAGCACGUUCAUACUUCAGAAAUUUGUGUUUGUGUUAUGAUAAUACGUGUUCUUCGAGUAGACGCGUCUUUAGAAUGACACGUACGAACUCCGCUACCAAAUCGUUCAAAAGUGUGAAAUACGUACUGAAAUUUAUUUAAAAGGGCUCUGUUGCCGACGCGCCGCGUUCUCGACGACUUGUAUCUGUAACAACUAACGAAAAUAUGGAAACGCUGGCGUUGAUUGAGCGAGAAUUAUUUGGAUCGUUGAUUGGAAUGGUACCUCGGAUGCGUUCAGGAUGAUUCGCAGUUCCAGCAUUCCAUUUUGUGGUCGAGUGAAGCAACUUUCAAACUGAAACGAUCAAUCGGCAUAACUGCCUGUACUGGAAGGACCAGAAUCCUUACGUCUUCAUCGAAGAAUAAUUAAACCUGCCUGGGGUGUGUGUGUGUGUGUGUGAGUGGCCAAAGUUAUCUGGAAAUGCUCGAAGAUUUACGUGGACAAAUGGACAACGAUCCAACACUCUUCAACACUUCUCGAUCUUCGAAAUGCAAUUGAAAUAAAAUUUGAAAUUGUUGAAGAUAGGCAGUAACCUUCAUUCGAAUCCCUUUUGUGAUUUAGGGGCUGCAAUCUUUUUCCUAAUUUGUUACCUGACUUAUGCCGACAUCUGUAAGAACCACACUUUUUAUAGAUUGUGUGGAAUCGGGUGUGGUUUCUAAUAAAAGCUCUUUUAUAAUAUAUUAUUCAACUGUAUUCCAAAUAAUUUCUAAAAUUCUACUAAUUGACGAAGUAGCGAUGGUUAAAAUUAAUUGACUAGACUAUAUAAUGAUUUAAAUGCACGUAAAAUGUAUUUUUAAUGACUUAGACACGAUGAAAACAUCAUUAAUACUAAUUUUCAAUAUUUCAAGUUGUUAAACAAGAUAUAGCUUUCUAAAUUGAUAUUCCAACAUGAACAAUUUUUUUUUAAUUUAUGAAUUGCAGGUUUACAGGAUUCGUAAAACAUUCCUUGUUGAUUUUUUUUGUAAAUUUUAUCUAUUUUGUAUUCAUUUAAAACAAUUAAGUAAAUAAACAUAUAAAACUAUGUUUUUGAAUACGACAUUAAUUGUUAAACGUUGUUAAUAUCAUUUAUUUAUAAUUUUUUGGUGCUACAUCGAAAUAUCCUGAAAUAGAUCAUCGUUUCAAACUGUUUAUUCACGAUUAAACCAUAAUCUAUUGAUAAAAGAAUAGCAACAACAUCAACCAAUUCAUAAAACGUCCACACUUUAUGCUAUUAUCUCAUUUAUACUCAGCAAUUUUACCUAUGAUGUUUCCUCUACAUUCUCUUUCUGUUUUUAUUUCAUGUGUUGUAUCUUCACCUAUUCUAAAAUGUUGUAGAUCUUCUUUGUUGACUUUCUAUCUUCUUAGCUCCUAGAGAAGCGGAAAUGAUUAAAUGUUUAGGACAAACAGGAAAGGGGUGGUUAUAAAACAAAAUACCCAAAGACUGGAAAGCUACAUCUUAUCUUAAUUAGCCUAAAAACAAUCAUAGAUAAGGAAUUAAUGCCAUUUUCUACCAUAGUCACUAUGAAAGGCAUAACAUGGUCUUCUAGCACCUCCGUAAUGUACCUGUGAGAGGUUAGGGAGCCAUUUUUUAUGAAGACCAACUCUGUACGAGCUUGUGCAGUGAUUCCCGCCCAAACCAUAACUGCCCCACCACCAAAUGGAAGACGCUCGUCAAUGCAAACUUCAGCAUAUCUCUCCCCAGGUUUUCUUCACACUCGUCGAUGUCCAUCUGACCCGGUGAAGCAAAAACGCGACUCAUCUGAGAACAAUACCCAUCUCCAGUCAUCAACAUUUCAUCGAACUCAAUCUCUGGCAAAUAUCGAUCUUGCAGUGCGAUGCUGGCGUUGCAGCGGGGGACCAGUAGCCAUUCUUCUGCAUGACAGUCCAGCAGCAUGAAGUCCAUUCACUAACGUUGACAAUUCCCACUUGUUCCAAUUGAUUUCGCAGUGAAACCGCAGUAGUUGUCCUAUUCAGCAAACUUGUGGACACCAAAAAACGGUCAUCUCAUUGAGUGGUAACUCUUUUUCGCCCAGAUCCUGGUCUUCUAGUGAUCAGGCCAGUCUGGUACACCCUUUGCACACCACAAAGACUAGCACCAACAAUUCUUGCAGUUUCUUGUUGCCUCCGACCAUCUUGUAACAGCGCAACAAUUCUUGCCACAAUCUAAAGGAUCUAAACGCAUUUUGGGCCUGUUAAAUCACUUAGGUUUUACACAAAGAAUCAACAGUAAACUGGCAAGCAAAAUAGUAUCAGCAGAGGUCAAACCAUUAAUGAAAA